GAUGAAGAUGAAAGUGGAAAUGGGGCGGGGCGAUGUAGGGGGAGAAUCGCCCGGAUGUAAGCGAGAAGGGGCGGUGCAAUGUCGAGGCUGAGAGUUUGGUGUGGGAGAGGGACAUGGACCGAGGGCGCUCUUCCGACUAGCAGAGGCCAAGAGCGACUCGCAUAGCCAGAACUCUUGAAAUAAUAGAUGAGAUCAGGUCUUCGAUAGGCUAAAACAAAAACCCAUAUAAGCAACCCAUCUUUCACAUCUACUUCACGCACACACUAACACGGCAUUGAUGGUAAUGUAUACAAGGAAACAACCGAGACUCGGCGAUGGGUGCAACGACCGAAGAGACUCUCAGCCCUACCAGACUUUUAAAUUCUCGUCGAAGAGUCAGCCGGGUGGUGAUCACCGACAUGAGAAGAUGCGGGAGAGCAGCGAUGGCACUCCGCCGUGUAAGAUGCUGCGCAGAUCAGACAGUCCUGACAGCAAGCACACUGAGAGCAGUGCACACGGCAGAGCUAAAUCCACACACCUCCACCGGGCCAGAGACAGGGACGGAGGCACCAGUAUUUCCCCUCAAGAGAAUUCACACAACCACAGUUCUCUGCACAGCUCCAACUCUCACUCGAACCCCAACAAAUCGGACACAGCAUACGACCCUGCAGACGACUGGUCAGAGCACAUCAGUUCUUCAGGGAAGAAGUACUACUACAAUUGCAGAACAGAAGUGUCACAGUGGGAGAAGCCCAAAGAGUGGCUGGAGAGAGAACAGAGACAAAAGGAGGCAACUAAGAUGGCAACAGCAACAGCGGUGGUCAAUAGCUUCCCUAAAGACAGGGACUACAGACGUGAAGUGAUGCAGGCUGCUCCCACCAGCUUCACCCCUACCAAGUCUGUAGUUGCCACAGACAAGCCUUCCUCCCUAACCCCGUCCUCUUCCUCUGCUGCUGUAUCUGGGCUAAGUACAACCAAUCCCACUAGCUCCGCAUCAGGUUCUACAGUUUCCCCGGUGAUGCAGUCCCCUGUUACACCUACUAUCCUUCAAGACCCCUCCCUCUUACGCCAGCUUCUCCCAGCGCUACAGACGGCACUGCAGCUGAACAAUGCCAGUGUGGAUAUGGCCAAGAUCAACGAAGUUCUCACAGCUGCAGUUACACAGGCUUCACUGCAGUCGAUGCUCCACAAGAUCCUGACUGCUGGUCCGUCCGCAUUCAACAUCACGACACUUCUCUCUCAGGCUGCUCAGCUCUCUAGUCAAGCACAGCAGUCCAGUCAGUCUCCGAUGUCCCUGACGUCAGAUGCUUCAUCCCCGCGGUCAUACGUGUCCCCCAGGAUCAGCACGCCCCAAACUAACACCGCAUCCCUGAAACCCCCCCUGAGCACCACACCUGUGUCAUCUCAGACCAAGGUGAAUACUCUGGGGAUUAAGGCCAGUUCUCUUCCUCCGCCCUCAUCUCAGCAGCCCCUCCCUUCAGAUAAACACCAUGACAACAGCAACUCCCCACGGACACUGCAGCGGCAGAGCAGUAGUCAGAGAAGUCCCUCUCCUGGUCCCAACCAUGUUGGAAACAGUAACAACAGCAGCAGUAACAAUGGCAGUGGUGGUGGUCAGAGUACUGGCGUGGGGACCGGAGCAGGGCCAGCGGGUUCAGUACCAGCUGGAACAGCCACAGCCAGACAAUCCUGCUCCUUCACACCCUCGCUGGCGGCACACUUUAACGAGAACCUCAUCAAACAUGUGCAAGGCUGGCCUGCAGAGCAUGUCGAGAAACAGGCGUCACGGUUACGUGAAGAGGCUCACACCAUGGGCAGCAUUUACAUGUCUGAGAACUGUACAGAGCUGAAGAACCUGCGCUCACUAGUGCGCGUGUGUGAAAUCCAGGCCACACUGCGUGAACAGAGGAUACUCUUUUUGAGACAACAAAUUAAAGAACUUGAAAAGUUGAAGAAUCAGAAUUCCUUCAUGGUUUGAGAACUCUCGGUUUGUUUGGUGUGGGUUUUGAAUAGAAGGACAGCAGAGGUGUGAGGAUGAGUAGGAAUCCAUUUUAUGUGCACAGAACCCUCGAGAACCAACAUUCUGUUGUUCUGCUCUGGGUCCAGUCUUACACAAAAAGGAGCUUCGGUGAGCUGUGGACUAAAUGGCAAGGGAGGGGGAUAAUGGGUGGAAGCUAUGGGCCAGUUGAGGUGCAGAUGUUUUGGGACCUGCUCUUGCCAGGGGCCGUGUAUAUGUAGAUUUCUUGUAGAUGUUAUUUCCAUGUUGUAAAUAUGUUUUGUAGAUAUGAAGCCGUGGGAAGCCAUGCCUAUCAGAAAAGCUUUUGUCAUCCAAAUGGUUAAAAAAGAAAAAAAAAAAACGAUCCCAAUCAGCACCAAGUCCAGCUGAGGACAUUCAUCGUCUUCAGAUGUCCAUAUGUAAAAGUCUGACCACAGAUUUUUAAACUUGCUUAUGAAAAGAAAAGAAAAAAAAAAAACCUGAAAUCUGCUCAUCAGAAAAUCAUUUGGUGAGCCAUUGCCUUGAGCAUGUACUAUACGUGCAUGGGGUAGGGGGGAGGGUAGGUGGACGAUCCAGUGGGGGCAACUAGUGACAAUGACAACAGCGCGCGCACACACACAUCCAUGUUUUCUGACUGCACACACCUCCACCUAUUAAACCCUGUCUGGUUUGUUUCCGUCUCUCUCUGCAUAUGAGUAAUUGUAAUGUUGCUAAAUGGUUAAUGGACUUUCUUCCGUUGAUUGCUUUCUCUGGUUGCAACGUAAAAGUUUCACUCCCCCAGUCCAUGCCUUUUGAAGGGAUUAGAUCAUGUCUGUCCACAAUGGUUCAGUGGUCUCUGCCCCAAUGGCCCUAAUGUGCCCUCUGUCAACACCAGUGCCUGCUUGUAUGGAGGAGUGAAUCUGAGAAAGAUAGAGAUCAUUUUGCUCAUUGAAUGAUCAUUCCUGCUGCUCGAUCUAAAAUGCCCGCCUACCUGCCUCCCAAAUUGGCUUCCCCAGAGACUGGUGAAGUCUAGCUGACACCAACUUUUUUUUGUUGUUCUUGGGGUUCCAGACAUUUCGGCAAGUUUAUUUUUAUUUCUUUUCUUCUUAUUUUUUUUAAGUAAGUUUAUUGCAGCUUGCAUUAAACCAAGAGUUCAUUCCUUUGUACAGUCGAUAAUUAAUAAUGGAGUUUAAAAAGAGUUUUAUUAAAAGUUGCAGUGAUUACUAGUAUAUCAUAUGUUGUAUUCAUAAAUUAUUGUCACACAUUUUCCUUUGCACCCUGAUUGGACAGAGUGGCGCUAGUGCUACUGGAUAGUAGGAAAUGAAAUGUUGAAGGUCAUGGCCGUGGACUGGACAUUACCAACUCCGCCACAUCAGAAUCAGGGCAGGGUCACCUGGGGUCAGAAGGUCAAAUGUGAAAUGUAUGUAUUGUAAUAAACAUGCUAAAAAGUA